AUGGGGCCCGGCCGGCCGGCCCUCGCGCCCUGGCCUCAUCACCUGCUGCGCUGCGCCUUGCUCUUCGGAGGUCUGCACCUCGGCCGCCCCGCCGCCGCCGCCGCCGCCGCCGCCGCCGCCAACUCCCUGUCGGAGCCCAACGUCUUUGUCAUCUUCAGCCAUGGACUGCAGGGCUGCCUGGAGGCCCAGGGAGGGCAGGUCCGGGUCUCCCCUGCCUGCAACGCCAGCCUUCCUGCCCAGCGCUGGAAGUGGGUCUCUCGAAACCGGCUCUUCAACCUGGGCACCAUGCAGUGCCUGGGCACAGGCUGGCCGGGCACCAACACCACCGCCUCCCUGGGCAUGUACGAGUGUGACCGUGAGGCACUGAAUCUUCGCUGGAACUGUCGCACCCUGGGCGACCAGCUGUCCCUGCUCCUGGGGGGCCGUUCCAGCAAUGCAUCCAAGGCUGGCACCUCCGAGCGCGGUGACCAGACCCGCAGUGGCCAAUGGCGCCUCUAUGGCAGCGACGAGGACCUGUGUGCGCGGCCCUACUAUGAGGUCUACACCAUCCAGGGCAACUCCCACGGGAAGCCGUGCACCAUCCCCUUCAAGUAUGACAACCAGUGGUUCCACGGCUGCACCAGCACGGGCCGCGAGGAUGGGCACCUGUGGUGCGCCACCACCCAGGACUACGGCAAGGACGAGCGCUGGGGCUUCUGCCCCAUCAAGGGUAACGACUGCGAGACCUUCUGGGACAAGGACCAGCUGACGGACAGCUGCUAUCAGUUCAACUUCCAGUCCACGCUGUCCUGGAGGGAGGCCUGGGCCAGCUGCGAGCAGCAGGGGGCAGACCUGCUGAGCAUCACGGAGAUCCACGAGCAGACCUACAUCAAUGGGCUCCUCACUGGCUACAGCUCCACGCUGUGGAUCGGCCUUAAUGACCUGGACACCAGUGGAGGCUGGCAGUGGUCAGACAACUCGCCUCUCAAGUACCUCAACUGGGAGAGUGAUCAGCCGGACAACCCGAGCGAGGAGAACUGCGGGGUGAUCCGCACGGAGUCGUCGGGCGGCUGGCAGAACCGCGACUGCAGCAUCGCGCUGCCCUACGUCUGCAAAAAGAAGCCCAACGCCACGGCCGCCGAGCCCCCGCCUCCCGAUGUGUGGGCCAACGUGAAGGUGGAGUGUGAGCCCAGCUGGCAGGCCUUCCAGGGCCACUGCUACCGCCUGCAGGCUGAGAAGCGCAGCUGGCAGGAGUCCAAGAAGAUGUGUCUGCGGGGCGGGGGCGACUUACUCAGCAUUCACAGUAUGGCAGAGCUGGAGUUCAUCACCAAGCAGAUCAAACAGGAGGUGGAGGAGCUGUGGAUUGGUCUCAACGACCUGAAACUUCAGAUGAAUUUUGAGUGGUCCGACGGGAGCCUCGUGAGCUUCACCCACUGGCACCCCUUUGAGCCCAACAACUUCCGGGACAGCCUGGAGGACUGUGUCACCAUCUGGGGGCCGGAAGGUCGCUGGAACGAUAGCCCCUGUAACCAGUCCCUGCCGUCCAUUUGCAAGAAGGCGGGCCAGCUGAGCCAGGGGGCCGCCGAGGAGGACCACGGCUGCCGGAAGGGUUGGACGUGGCACAGCCCCUCCUGCUACUGGCUGGGAGAGGACCCGGUGACCUAUAGCGAGGCCCGGCGCCUCUGCACCGACCACGGCUCUCAGCUGGUCACCAUCACCAACAGGUUCGAGCAGGCCUUUGUCAGCAGCCUCAUCUACAACUGGGAUGGCGAGUACUUCUGGACGGCCCUGCAGGACCUCAACUUCACCGGCUCCUUCCGCUGGCUCAGCGGGGACGAGGUCAUGUACACCCACUGGAACCGGGACCAGCCCGGGUACAGCCGUGGGGGCUGUGUGGCCCUGGCCACGGGCAGCGCCAUGGGGCUGUGGGAGGUGAAGAACUGCACAUCGUUCCGGGCUCGCUACAUCUGCCGCCAGAGCCUGGGCACGCCCGUGACGCCUGAGCUGCCCGGGCCAGACCCCACACCCAGCCUCACCGGCGCCUGUCCCCAGGGCUGGGGCUCAGAUCCCAAACUCCGGCACUGCUAUAAGGUGUUCAGCUCGGAGCGGCUGCAGGACAAGAAGACCUGGGUCCAGGCCCAGGGGGCCUGCCAGGAGCUGGGGGCCCAGCUGCUGAGCCUGGCCAGCUAUGAAGAGGAGCACUUUGUGGCCAAUAUGCUCAACAAGAUCUUCGGUGAAUCAGAGCCUGAGAUCCACGAGCAGCACUGGUUCUGGAUCGGCCUGAACCGUCGAGACCCCGGAGCCGGGCAGAACUGGCGCUGGAGUGAUGGACUUGGGUUCUCUUACCACAAUUUCGACCGGAGCCGGCACGACGAUGACAACAUCCGCGGCUGCACAGUGCUCGACCUGGCCUCCCUGCAGUGGGUGGCCAUGCAGUGUGAGACGCAGCUGGACUGGAUCUGCAAGAUCCCUCGAGGUUGGAAGCCACAGCCUGGACUCCACCCCCACGCUGCCCCCGCAGGCCGGCGGGAAUGGCUGCGUUUCCAGGAGGCUGAGUAUAAGUUCUUUGAGCACCACUCCACGUGGGCGCAGGCGCAGCGCAUCUGCACGUGGUUCCAGGCCGAACUGGUCUCAGUGCACAGCCAGGCCGAGCUGGACUUCCUGGGGCACAACCUGCAGAAGUUCUCUCGGGGCCAGGAGCAGCACUGGUGGAUCGGCCUGCACACCUCAGAGAGCGACGGGCGCUUCAGGUGGACAGAUGGUUCUGUUAUAAACUUCAUCUCCUGGGCCCCUGGCAAACCUCGGCCCGUCGGCAAGGACAAGAAGUGCGUGUACAUGAUGGCCAGCCGAGAGGACUGGGGGGACCAGAGGUGCAUGACAGCCUUGCCUUACAUCUGCAAGCGCCGCAACAGCACCAGAGAGCAGCAGCCCCCAGACCCGCCGCCCACAGGGGGCUGCCCUUCUGGUUGGAGCCAGUUCCUCAACAAGUGUUUCCGAAUCCAAGGCCAGGACCCCCAGGACCGGGUGAAGUGGUCAGAGGCGCAGUUCUCCUGUGAACAGCAAGAGGCCCAACUGGUCACCAUUGCAAACCCCUUAGAGCAAGCGUUCAUCACAGCCAGCCUGCCCGAUGUGACCUUUGACCUUUGGAUUGGCCUCCAUGCCUCACAGAGGGACUUCCAGUGGGUGGAGCAGGAGCCUCUGCAGUAUGCCAACUGGGCCCCCGGGGAGCCCUCUGGCCCUAGCCCUGCUCCCAGCGGCAACAUACCGACCAGCUGUGCGGUGGUCCUGCGUAGCCCCUCAACCCACUUCACUGGCCGCUGGGAUGACCGGAGCUGUGCAGAGGAGACCCACGGCUUCAUCUGCCAGAAGGCCACGGACCCCUCCCUGAGCCCAUCCCCAGCAGCGUCGCCCCCUGCCCCGGGCGCUGAGCUCUCCUACCUCAACGGCACCUUCCGGCUGCUGCAGAAGCCGCUGCGCUGGCACGACGCCCUGCUGCUGUGUGAGAGCCGAAAUGCCAGCCUGGCCCACGUGCUCGACCCCUACACGCAGGCCUUCCUCACUCAGGCCGCCCGAGGGCUGCGCACGCCGCUCUGGAUUGGGCUGGCCAGUGAGGAGGGCUCCCGGCGGUACUCUUGGGUCUCGGAGGAGCCGCUGAGCUACGUGAGCUGGCAGGAUGGGGAGCCCCAGCUCCCGGGGGGCUGCGCCUACGUGGACACGGAUGGCGCCUGGCGCACCACCAGCUGUGACACCAAGUUGCAGGGGGCUGUGUGUGGCGUUCACGGCGGGCCGCCUCCUCCGCGACGAAUAAGCUACCACGGGAGCUGUCCCCAGGGGCUGGCGGACUCGGCAUGGAUUCCCUUCCGAGAGCACUGCUACUCCUUCCACAUGGAGCUGCUGCUGGGCCACAAGGAGGCGCUGCAGCGCUGCCAGAGAGCGGGCGGCGCGGUCCUGUCCAUCCUGGAUGAGAUGGAGAACGUGUUUGUCUGGGAGCAUCUGCAGAGCUCUGAGGGCCAGAGUCGGGGCGCCUGGCUGGGCAUGAAUUUCAACCCCAAAGGGGGCACCCUGGUCUGGCAGGACAACACAGCUGUGAACUAUUCCAACUGGGGGCCCCCGGGCCUGGGCCCCAGCAUGCUGAGCCACAACAGUUGCUACUGGAUCCAGAGCAGCAGUGGGCUGUGGCGCCCGGGCGCCUGCACCAAUAUCACCAUGGGCGUGGUCUGCAAGCUCCCUCGAGCUGAGGCGAGCAGCUUCUCCCCAUCAGCCCUCCCAGAGAACCCCGCGGCCCUGGUGGUGGUGCUGAUGGCGGUGCUCCUGCUCCUGGCCCUGCUGACCGCCGCCCUGAUUCUCUACCGGCGGCGACAGAGCGUUGAGCGGGGGGCCUUUGAGGGCGCCCGCUACAGCCGCAGCUCCUCCGGCCCCAGCGAGGCCACUGAGAAGAACAUCCUGGUGUCCGACAUGGAAAUGAACGAGCAGCAGGAGUAG